UGGCCGUGCCCCGCCCCCAGCCGGCGGAGCCGCGGCUGUUGCUGCCCGCCCGCUGUGUCCGGGCCCCGGCGGCGGCCAUGGGGGUAGCGGGGCCGGGCCGCUGCGGGCGGGACCCGUGCGGGGCGCUCUGCCUGCUGCUCACCUACUUGAGCGUGGCCUACGCCGACUACGUCAUCCUCACCCACAUCCUGCUGCAGCCGGGCUUCCGGGGCAGCCUCUGGUGUCCGUUCCAUGCCGUGAUGUUUAACCUCAUUGUCCUUCUGUUGCUGGCCUGUCACACACGAGCUGUCUUUGCUGAUCCAGGCAUGGUCCCACUGCCCGAUACCGCUAUCGACUUCUCUGACCUGCGCGGCAACACGCCUCACAAGAACGAGCGGAGCAAUGAGGACUGGACGGUGUGUAACCGCUGUGAGACGUACCGCCCGCCACGGGCGCAUCACUGCCGCAUCUGCCACCGCUGCGUCCGCCGCAUGGAUCACCACUGCCCCUGGAUCAACAACUGCGUUGGCGAGUUAAACCAGAAAUACUUCAUCCAGUUCCUCUUCUACACUGGGCUGGCUAGUCUCUAUGCCAUGGGGCUGGUGUUAACCAUGUGGCUGUGGCCGGUAGACAGGAGCUUCCCUGGGAAGAUGGAAGGUGUGGCUGGAGGCUUCUCUAACAACCACGUCCAGAUGGCUCACUGCAUCGUCCUGCUGGUGGAGUCCAUCCUCUUUGGGGUCUUCGUUACCGUCAUCUUCUAUGACCAGGUGGUCUCUAUCAUCACGGACGAGACUCCGAUCGAGCAGCUGCGGAACCGGCUGCUGAAGGAGGCACGCCGGGAGGUGGCUCACACCCGGAAGCCGAAGAUCGCGCUGCUGCGGGAGGUGUUUGGACGGGGCUUUGUGAUCUGCUGGUUUUUCCCGUGUAACUGCAGCCCCCCAUCAGGCGGGGCCCCUGCCUACAGCUACCUGCCCAACUACGACGUGUGACCUCCAUAGCACCUCUGCAGAUGCUUCCUCUCCUGCCUCGGGGAGGGGACUUAUACUGCUGGUGGCUUUGCAGAACUUGCCACCAAACAGCUCAUUUAGGCCUGCCCUGCUGCUCCCCAGUGGCAGCCUGGGGCUAGGGUGCGGCUGCAGCGCCCGGCUCUGCUGGGUCUGCCGUGUCCAGCACUACGACUCCUCCUGGGACAUGGUGCCCCUGCGAAGCUGAGAUUGUGAGCAGUGGAGGGGCACUCUCCAGCCCUCUGCGCCAUACUCCCUGAAGCGCCUGGCUGCCCAGCGGUUCCUGGCGCCUGGGGCAGGGAGAGUGGUCACUUAGGCAAGGUGGGCCCCAUGCAUGACCUUUCUCCUGGAUCAGUGUUAGCGCCGGGGGGCUGCCCCCCAAGGUUGCAGUUUGACACCCCCCCCCGUCACGACUAUAUCUGGAUCCUAGUCCCCUCCCUGUGUCCGCCUCCCUGGAGCAGGGCACCCUGCCCCUGGCUGCCAGCAACUCACUGCCUGGGGAUGGAGCUGGUUGUUCUGUGCUCCUGGCCAGGGAGGGAUGGCACCCCUUGUACAUAGCCAUAUGUGGCAUUACCAGCGCGCUCGGCUCUGGGCACCUGGGGGGUGUGUGUGUGUGUCUGUCAGUUUGCGGUAGCUGAACUCGCUCAUGCCCAGGGAAAUCGGAGCUCCUGUUCUUGGCCCUGGCAGCCGCCUCUGCUGACUCGGAGCCCCUCCACGCUGUCCCCAGGGGGAUGGACCGCUCCAUAUCGUGGGGGUGGGGGAUAUGCACUGGCACCCCUCUCUGGUGGUUCCCUCCAUCCCAGCAGGCAGUGUUACUAUUUAUUAGGUGUAUUACGGUAGUGCCUAGGAGCCCAGGGGCUGUACAAACACAGAACAGAAAGAUGGUCUCUGCCCCAAGGAGUUCACAGUCUGAGACAGGAGAUGGUGCAGACAGAUGUGGGAGGCAGCAGCUAGAGCACUGGACUGGGGGAUCUGCGGUAGGUCACUUCCCUUUGGUGCCUCAGUUUCCUCCUCUGUAAAAUGGGCAUAAUGAUAGCAUAAUGAUAGCACCUCCCAUUGUAAAGCACGUGGAGAUCUGCUGAUGAGAAUUGCUAGACAAGAGCAAGGUGGUGUGAUAAGGACUGAGGCAGGGCAGCGGGACGGGCAAUGCUCUCUGCAUGCGAGCAGCAUAACCCAAGUGUUUUCUGCAGGCAUCACCCCAAAGGGGGUAUGAAGGAGGAUGAAGAGGGCGCGGUGCGGAUGUGUAUAGGGAGCUGCACCAAGGGGCUUGCUUGAAAAUGGAGCAAGUGGGCUCUGGAGGCUGGCAGCACGGGCUGAGAGGCGGGAGUGACUCCACAUCUCCAUAGCGUAUGGGAGAUGCCAGGUGGGUGGGGACAGGCUGGGAAGGGAAGAAGAGCCGCUUCUGUCUGCAGUGCUGGAGAAGGGGGUGCCAGGAAAGGGUGCCCAGCGCAGUGACAUGACUCCUCUCGAGGGAGCUGGCAUUGCCGUUCCCCACAGGAUGUUUGUGCUGCAGUGGCUGGGCCUGGUCUCCUCCCCUGAGGCUGCCUAGGGCAAGCGAGAGCAGGGUUCUUGGCUGCGGGAUGCCAUGGACCAAGUGGGGAGCCAGCCACAUGCCCAGAGGAGCUAUGCUGUGCGGCACGGCCCUGGAGCCGCCUCCCCCUUCCCUGGCCAACAGAGUGGUUCCUGGCUGACUGUGCGAGUGCCAGGGGUGUCGGAGUCUCUGCUGGCUGGGGCUGAUGUCUGAGCCCAGGAGCUGGCUGCAUGCUGCCCUGUGUGUCUGGCCCGGUGUCCUCUAUGCAAGGCCCCAGCAUGGCUACUGUAUCCCAAGGGCCUGGCCUGGCCUCCCCUCUUCCUGGGUGUCUCUUUGACACUGUUGUGUGGCAUACAGGGUGCCAGGGAGCAGAGGCCCUGCUGCCCUGGCAAUUGCUGGGGGCUGUUGCUGCCGCCCCUCAGUGGCGGCUCUGCCCAUGGCCCUGCGGGCGAUGAGGCUUUUCCAGGGGGUGCCCCUCUGCCCUGCUGCCUCGGUCUCCACUCCAGACUGCCCCGCCCCGUGGCACAGGCUGGGCUCAGGGCAGGGAGUUAGGGCCCUGCUGGGGGAAGGAAGGUCCCUGGCAAGAUGUGGGCAGGCCAGCCUGGCACUCAGGUGAGGGCAGGGCCUGUGGUGAAGCUUUGCCCAGCUCCCAGCUGUACCCCCAGGCUGGCCUGGCUUUCCCCAGAGCCCACCUCCUGGUGGGGCGCUGGUGACUCUCCUCAGGCCCUGAGCGCCGGGAGCUGCGGGCUGGGUGCACUUGGGCACCGUUGCUGGGGGCUUAGCGUGCGGUGACCUGCGCUGGCAUAACCGGCCCAGCCCGUGCUCCCCACAGGGCUGGAGUGGGGAGCCAGGGCCCUGCGGUGGGGGUGGUUGGUGGCGUAGCCUCUCUCCUGGCUGACCCACCAGCUCCCUCAGCAUGUUAGCGGGACACUGCCGGGUUCUGACAGCCCUUUGGCCUGACUCCUGCAAGCUGUGAAUAAACCCUGCCUGGGAACUGCUCAAGAUG